AUGUUGAUUCAUCGCCUUAAUACGUUAGUGGAAGCAUUGCAUGAAAUUAGUGAAACAGAAAAUCAACAGAGCACAUUCACAUUUAAUUCUUAUAAAGAAGUACUUGAUGAAGCUCGCCAAAUGAUUGACACCGUUUAUUAUGAUAGGGCUCAUGGAGCAGAUGGUUACACACGUCAUGGAUUGGGACAUCAGAUGACACACAGAAAUGUUCUUUACAAGCUACUGACUGAUUCUAAUAAUAAUAAACCAUAAUUUGAUAUUUAGACAUUUCAUACGUAUUUAGAUAUUCGAUAUUUCGUUAGCAACAUGGUCAAAGGACGAUGAUGGGCAAGGAAGCACUGUUUGGGUAUGGGUAUUGGUGUGCUGGUGGUGCUCUGGUGGCCUGUCUCAACUGCUUAGUCUCAUGAUGCUCAACAUGGUGCUCAUGGUCGAAGGAUGAUGGUUGCAUGUAAGCAUUGUUUGGGUGGUGGUGUGUGAUG